AUGCAUGACUUGGAGGCGGCUGCUGCCAUUUGCAAACUGGGAGGUCCUGUCCCUGAUGCAUUGCACCUUCACCUGGAAAAUCGGCUUGUAGCAGCCCGGGCAGCCCAAGAAGCAGCUCAGAGCGCAUUUACUGCAGGAUAUCUUCUUCAGCAGCCAUGGUUGUCCUUUCUGGUCAAGCUUGUCUGCGACCAGGAGAACUGGUGCGACGGAUCCGGAGUCCUCGCAGCUGGAGCAUUGGCGACGGCUGCAAGACGUGUUUCGGCUGUUGAUCUGCACGAUUCCGCUCGCGGGUUGGCUCGAUUGCGAGAUCAAUUGUGCCGUCAGGAAACUUGCAAGCUGAUGGCACAGAGGUUCGUCGAAUCGACUGCCAGCCCCGAGGAUCGCCACAUUAUGGCCAUGCUCAUCGAGUUCAUGGUGGACGAUCUCAACGCUUGCAGGUGGUUUCUGGAGGGUGGAAUUCUGCCUGCACUCAUUCAUUCGCUCGAUGUUGAAGCUAACACGGAUGCAAGUUGCGCGUCUGCCGUCAUCAAGAAGAGCAAGAAAAGCAUGAUCGGAUGCAUCGUGCAAUCGUUAUCCACAUCAGCUCUGUUUCUGGAGGUCAUUUGUACAACAGACAUGCUCGAUGUGGUUGUCGGCAUGGCGCAACAAGAAGUAAAGUCAGUUGCACCUGACAGUGACGGUGGACGGCGGCAGUUGCCGGGCUUCGACUGCCUCUGCAACAUGUGCCAUGCUAUCCCUGAAUCCAGCAUCCGCUUUAGACAAGAUUUAGCGGCGAGCGGGAUGGUGGAUGUGCUUUGUGAAGCAGUGCAGCUAGAAGAGUACAGCCGUCGGGUUCAAGCAGCGGAAUCUCUAUGCAGUUUCUUUGCAAAGCACAGCGUGGAUGAUGCAAACCACUUCAUGCCAGCAGGAGCUUUCCACGUCAUUGCUUGCCCUCGUACGAUUCGUGCACUGGUCGAUCUGGCAUUUCCGAGGAAUAUGAAAAAACCAGUCGACAAGACCUGUGAGUGCUUUCGACACAAGUUGCCUUGGCUGUUGGCUGUCAUUGCUAGGGCAGCCCCCGCUGACCUGAAGUUAUGGUGCGAUGAGAACGUUGGCGUACGUAGGCUGCUGAGUUGCUCGAUAUCUGGAUUCAGCCGGGAGGGGGUUGUGUGGGCGCUAGAUAUCCUCAUUGCCAUGUGUGGGUGUGUGUCCAAGUCUGUGCUUAAAGACUUUCUCAGCCGGACACCCAACGCACUUGUAUGCCAGCUAUCGCAAUUGGUGCAACAUGAGUGGCAUUCCAUCGCGCACAGAGUCUUGUUCGUGGGCAUCUUCUGCUCGACGUUUUUGCCACCAGCGGCACCGACGAUGGUGGUAUGGGUGUCAAGCCGCAUGCCUCCGCCGCUGUCAUCCCUGCCUUGGCACAACAGUCAAUCGCGUGCAGUACCGAGUCCUCUGUCUGCAGAAAGACAACUCGCAGAGCUUGCAUUUCAGACAGUUUUAGAGAUGAGCUUGCGUUUGGGUGACACGUCAGAUCCGUCGCAUGCAUUGACCGACGACGUGCGAAUGUAUUUCUUCAACGUGUUCCUGGCAGCUGCAGGGUUGGAUGCCUUGCUGGCCCUGCUCGGUGGCAGUGCUCAUGAUGCCAAGCUCUUUGCACCGCACCGCGAUAAAGUCGCCACCAUUGCUAGCCUUCUUUGCGAUUCGCUUCAGGCUUUAUGCCGCAAGCUGGAGGCAGCUUCUGCACAAGGUGUUCUAGCUUCUCAGGCAUCUGGCGCAGUUGAUUUGCUGACAAGCAUUUUGACGGGGCCAUUAAGGAGCCGAAUAAGCUUUGACGACAGCCACACAUUCGGGGGCGACGCAAGUUCGACAUGCGGCUUGUCUUCCGUGGUCCGCGCGACAGGCUGCGCAGCGGUGCAUCUUCUUGAAGAGUUUGUUUUUCGGUGGCCUCACUGUUUGCACCCGUUCCGUGACAACCGCGUCUAUGGCAGUGUGCAAGGAAUGCAAGCUUUGGCGGUUGUGCAUGAGUUCUUGUUGACUUCGAAAGACCUUGGUCGCUUCCUCGUGCGGUUAUUCUUGCGAGCAUUCUUGCAAGUGGAGGGUUGUGCACAGGUCGCAUCACCGAAACGCGUCUCGUCCGGUGUUUCUGCGCAGACGGUGAUUGAGAUAGAUGCGGAAGUCAGUCUUUGCACGGAUCACGCGCCGAAGGCGGCAGUUACCGAUUCAAGCGUUUUGUUUGAUGAUGAGGUGAAAAACUGGGUGGCGUCUUUGCUCGGAAGGGAUCUCUGUUUUCCGGCCUUUUGCUCUUUCUUGGCAUCUUGCAGCUGCACUGUGGCCAGGGCGACACUGGAGUGCAUGGUUGUGCACUCAUCCAGGCUGGCACAGACAGGAACAGACCUGUCAGUCUGUCCGCCAAGAUCUGUCCGCCAGGUUGCCUCUCUGCUGCACCUAGCUACUGCGCGCUUUGGCCGACUUUCCGAUUCCGGCGGUUUGCCCGAGUUGCACUUUCAUGACCUGGUGGUGCAGCUUUUGUUUGCACAGUCGCCCAGCAACCUGUCGAUACAAGUGAGCCAAAGCGAUGCCAGUAUGUUGGCAGAGGUGUUUGCCUACCUUUGGGGCGUUGGGCAAGCUUCCUUCUGCCACACUUUGCCGUCGGCGAUGGAUUUGCAAAGGGAAGUGGCCCGUGCAUUGUUCGUGCUGCUGGACAGCAGGGACGUUGUUCAGGCCAUAGCCUUGUCAGAAGACAACGCCUCCUGUCUUGCAGUCCUGCGCAAAGUGCUUCGAAAUGAGCCGGGCAGCUUCCCAUUGUUCGCUUCGACAAAGCCUGGAGCUUCGGAUGCGGCGGUUUUUGAUCUGCAUUCCGAAACGUGGACUCCUCCAGGCAGAGUUCUCCUCGCGGCUCUCGUCCAACUGUGGCAGAUUCCAGACCAUACUGCUGAUGGAUGCGGCGGCCUGGAGACACUCGCCAGGCUGCUCUCCCCGGUUUUGCGUGCAAGCACAUAUCUUAUCGCGAUAUGCCCGCGACCAGCCGAUCUUUUCUCAGGUUCUGACGAUGUCAAGACCGUGCUGCGAGUUGCUGUUCAACUCGUCUUGUCACCUCCUGCGACGUCGGAUGAACACCCCAAUGACUGGCAGCGACUAGGCGGCGAGCUGAUGGUGCCACUGCUACACCGGCCGCCAGUGGUGGAGAUGCUUAAUGAUCCUGUGGAUCAGGUCCUGUGUGAGAUCAAAGGUGGGAUGGAAGCUCUAACCUGGUGUGCCAGCUACACACUGAGUGGGGCUGGUCUCCCUGGGAGUUGGGGUGCCAAGGCGAGGUCCUUGCUCAGUCUUGUUUCGGCUGCGCCUGAGAGCUCCCAAACUGCUGCAGAUGCACCAAUGUCGAAGUUUUCCUCUGAAGUUGCCCGUGGCAGUGCGGUCGAUGCGGGCUUUGGCGAGUCUGACUCCAUGGAAGAACCCGAAGACGACGUCAGAGCAAGGGCAGCACAGGCCAGGAACCUGCAGGAGGAGCUCUCGGCAUUGAACGCAGAGCUCGGAGCUUUGGAUCUCGAGCUUGCGGAGACGUCGUCUCAGGGAGACAGAGACUGUGGAUCUCCGGAGGCGGCUCGUGAAGGUGAUCGCGACGGAGACGAUAGGCAGCCUUGCGGCCUCAGCCAGCGGGCUUCCGACUUCAUCCACAGCUUGCUGCAUGGCCCAGGUGAAAGCUAUGCUCAGCUGCGUGACACAUUGCUUUCGGAACUCUUGGCUUCCAACGACUCUGAGCAGAGCUUCGUUGACUUCAAUGCAACAGGUUUGGCGAUGGUGCGGGAUGCAGGUCUGCAUUGUGCCUAUUCGGACGGAGACCUGUGCGAAGCGUUGCAGUUUCUGUACAAAGGCAUGCCCCUGUAUGAUAGGUUUAUGCUCAUUGAGCAGGAAGUGAACGGGCACCGGCAGGACAUGCAACAGCAGUGCAGUCUACAGGCUCAGCGGCUUCUGGGGAGCGACGUGAAGCUUCAAGAUUUAGCUUCGUUUGCUGUUGCUGCAGUAUCUGUUCGCCACCACGACAAUGAGCUUAUGUACAAUUUGGGUGACAUGGCUGUGUCUGCAGCGGAGCAGGGGAUUGACGGCGAAAGCCUUGCCUUGGUGCUUCUUUCGCAUGCGCAGCUGCGGCUCCGCAAUGAUCGUGUUCUGAGAGCUCUUGAAGCCGCACUUUUCGAGCUGCUUCGGCAAUCGCGUGCCACUGCAGAAUGCCUCUCCAGCUCUCUGUUGUCCCUGGCAGAAAUGCACAUCGAAGGAUGCUUACCUCAAGACCUUGACGACAGAAGUAAAAAAUCGGGCAGUCGAGCUGAACUUCUUGAUGGGGCAGCAAGAGUCGCUUUGGAGCACCUCUCGUUCUUCACGCUGCCCCAGAUGUGCAAGUUAUUGCGGGCAUUCACGUGCUUUAGGAUGCGAGGUGACCGUCAAGUAUCGGCUUUGCUGUUGGGGAUCGGUGAUGCGCUCGGGCGGCAGCCCACCGCUUUAAGUGCAGGCGACUGCGCUUGUGCAGCGAAGGCUUUUGCCGUUGUGCGAGUUCAUCAUGAAAGGAUGUUUGCAACGUUGGCCGGCAGGCUCCGAGACAAGGAUGUCCGAGGUGACCUCACGCCAGCAGAGCUGUCAGACGUUCUUUACGGCUUUGCGAAGUUUACGAGUCAAGAUACUGCCCUGCUAGACUUGCUCUCAGUUCAAGUGCGGCGUCACUUGCAUGUCUUGGACGUUUCUUUGAUGAGUUCUACCCUGGCUUCUCUCGCAAAAGCUGGGAUCAGCUGUCCUGUUUUGACUGGCCGAGCCGUCCAGAUGCUCCGCCGGUCCACGGCUUCGACGGCAGCAGAAAGUCAGGAAGUUCCUCACCGUCACCUGUGUGAUCUGACGAAGGCCACCAUUGCUGAGCUUUCGGCACUGACGAUGGCAUUUGGAAAGUUUCAAGUCAGAGAUUCCAAAUUGUAUGACACUCUUGCGGAUUUGUUUGUGACCUGCAAAAGCGAGAGCAGUGACACAAGGGCUAUUGCCAUCUUGGAUUCGCCAUCGCUCAUCAACAUCGUACAUGCAUUUGCCAAAGUUCACAUUGCCCCUGCGAGGCUUUUCGGUACGGUUCUUGGUUCUUUGGUAGGAAGGCCCGAAGAAGAGCUGACUACCCGUGAUGCGGUGAAGCUCUUGCAUGCAUUAGCCAAAGUUGACUACGAGAUGCCACUCGGCUUCCGACAGAAGAUCUUGCGUGUACUAGGCCCCAGUGGCUUGGGAGAGCUCGGCGUCUUUGACCUGUUGAAACUUGCCGCUGCUUCGCGAAAGCUGGGUGUGGACAUAGACGCGCUGGAGACUCAGGUUGGUGCAGUUCUACCUAACGAGCCAGAAUCACUGACCAGGGAAUCCCUGCAGCGACGCCCUACAGUCAGGAAGGUCCGCAGGAAAAGUGCAAGAAAGCAGAAGUGGACCUGGUAG